AGAACAACUGGAACAGAUUUGGAGGGCAGUGACCUCACGGCGCCAUAUUAAAAUACUCCCUCCUCUCCGCCUGUGAGAUCGGAGCUUAGCAGCCGCAGCUAGCCGCCAGUCUGCUUUUCACAUCCACAAGACUGACAGAGGGCGACGACGUGAUGGAAAUUGACUCGCUUCAAGAGGCGCUCAGAGAUUUCGAGAAGAAAGCAAAGAAGGAGCCAUGUCCUCUUCUGGAACAGUUUCUAUGUCAUAUUGCCAAGACUGGAGAGACCAUGGUGCAGUGGUCUCAAUUCAAGAACUACUUCCUGUUUAAACUGGAGAAUGUGAUGGAUGACUUCAGAGCCUCAGCACCUGAGCAGAGAGGUCCUGCAAAUCCCAACGUGGAGUCAAUUCCAUUUGAAGAUAUGAAGGAGAGAAUUCUGAAGAUAGUGACAGGAUAUAAUGGAAUCCCGUUUACAAUCCAGCGCUUGUGCGAGCUGCUCACAGAACCGAAGAGGAACUACACAGGAACAGAUAAGUUUCUCCGGGGGGUGGAGAAGAAUGUAAUGGUGGUAAGCUGUGUACAUCCAACCUCAGAGAAAAAUGGAUGCAGUGCCGUCAGUAGAAUGAAUGGUGUGAUGCUCCCCGGGAACACAUCUGCUUUUACAGAGAGGAAAGUCAACGGUCCAGGAACUCCCCGGCCGCUGAAUCGACCGAAGGUGUCUCUGGCCAACUCACUAGCAGCUAAUGGUCUGCCAGACAGCACAGACAACAAAGACCUCAACACAGAGCCAGAAGACGACAAAGACUCAAGUGAGGUUUCAGCAUCUGAAGCCUCCCUCGGGAGCUCGGUGAAGAACAAACACCCAGACACGGAGGAGGACAUGGAAGCUGAGCAGCAGGAGGUGAAGAGACUGAAGUUCAGCAAGGAUGAUGAGGAUGAGGAAGAUGAGGAGGAUGAAGAGGAAGAGCAGGACGUUGACACACUGAGGCCUUCACAUGUCACCUGCCUAUCAAAAGAGGCAGAAGCCAUGGUCCAAGAGGAGGAGGAGGAAGAGGAGGAGAAGGUCGGGUACAGCAAGGAGAAUGAAGCUUCUAGCAGUGCGGCUGCCAAUGAAGACCAAGAACCUACGAGCAGCACGCAUGCCGAGGUGUGUGCAGGCUCGGGUGAGGAGGUGGAGCAGGCCGAGAGGGAGGUACCGUGUGGCUCCCAGGACGAGGCCAGCGACAUGGAUCAGACAGAGCAACAGGCACCCGCAGGCGUCCUGGAGAGCCCGGAGACCAGCAGGGACAGCGAGGAGAGCAACAGUGACCCAGUGAGCAGCAGCAGCAGUAGCAGCAGUGGUAGCAGCUGUAGCAUAGAGGAUAGUGCAGACGCGGCCAGAGAAGACGUUGCUCUCGCUCCCUCCAGCAGUACAACUGAACCUCCCACAGAGGGCGCCAUGGAAAGUGCCACCUUGAACACUGGGACCACUGAGGAGCCUAUGGAGCAGGACUAGACUGCAAGUCCCCCCUGCAGCCGUGUGUGACCAUAAACCAGCUUGUCCUUGAAUCCAGUUUGACUCUCACUGGGAUUGAGGAUAACUGCACCUCGUACGCAAGACGAACGCCUCGUCCCGCUUUUGGACACUCCUCCAAAAUGGCUACCUGGCAUUUGAUGUGGGCAUAGAAAUCAAUUUUCAUUUGAAGGUUUUUUUUACUGGAAUAUUUUAUUGAUCUUCUUAUCUUGUAUUUUUAAUUUUCCCUUAAAAGGGGCUUGUUUCGGCAGCCUCGAGUUUGUCGGCUGGAUUUUUUUUGUUCUUUCUUGCGCUCUAUGGGUUUGUUUCAGUGCUGUGGUGGUCUGGUUCUAAAGCCACUCUCUCCAGCCAUUUGGGACAUUGUGACACGAUUGGUGGUGUAGGUUUUGUACCCUUUAAGCCCAGUGUACCACACUACCAGGAUCAGAACAGAGCCAUACCAGCCCUCACUAUUUAUGAAAUUGUUCACUUAUGAGCUACAGCCACCAUUUCAAUUCCUGACUGAAGCACAUGUAAAAUAUUCUUUAGUCGAGCUAUGACCUGAACCUAACCCCCCACCCCACCCACCACAACUAUGUUACUCCACCAAGCCUCCACCUGUUGAUUGUUUUAAAAUUUACCUCUCCAUCAAUGUGAGAUGGGAGACCUUUUUUUUUUUUCCAUUGUGUCCUUAUAUUAUUUUAACCACAUUUUUGCAAAGAUACACUACCAAUCCCGCUGAAGUAUAGUAUGACAUGCUACUUUGUAGACAUGUCCUCUGUAAAAUGAUAUAUUUUGGAUGCAUAAAACCACCAUAAUUUAUAAAAAUCAUUUCAAUUCAAUAAGUUCUUUUGGAGUAUGUUUUUUUUGUUCUGUCUGCCAGUUGUAGUUUCCAAAACCAGCUGUAAGUACAAAGAUGACCUCUGCUUUCUUUGUAUCGUGAUGUCACCAUGUUGUUUCACCGACAGAUAUCCAGAGCAGUUUCUGGUUCCAGUUCUACACCUGUUUUCUGCAGCUGUACUUUUUGAUAUUUAGGAUUUUAAAUUUCUGUAAAGUAGAUUUUUGUAGAUUGUAAUACAGUAUGUGUUCACUGCCUUUGUGAAACCAUAUAUAAUUGUAUAAUUUCUGUGUAUACUCUGAAUGCUUUUGCUUUCAAUGCGGUAUUCAGAAUCAGCAAUAAAUGUUAACAUUUU